AUGUCGGCUAUGGGUGGUAUGGGUGGCAUGGACAUGUCCAUGAUGGGGGCCAUGGGCAUCAUGCCAGGCAUGGGCGGCAUGCUGGGCGCGCCCGGCCUGAUAAACGGCGGCAUGAUGGGCGGUGGCGGCGGCAUGGGCGGCAUGGGCAGCGGCGACGGCGGCGGCGGCGGCCAGUUUUACAAGACGCGCCUCUGCCGUCUGUAA